UCAAUUUUCAACGACCGUCGAACAGUACUUUCAUAGUGUUUGUACAGUAGACAGUAGUAUGGUACGUCAGUGAAUAUCGAAUGAAUAGUGUAUUUCUACAUCGACAGUUCGAAGGUCGUAGUUUACGACUGAUGGUUGGACGAUUUUAACGCAAAACUCGUACUUCGUGUGUUAACAUGACUAUCAUAAUAAUUAAUAAUAAUAAUGACGACGACAGAAUUAUAGAUUUUAGAGUUUUCAAAUACUUUUUGRUGGCCUCCAUUUGCAAAUAGACGAGUGCUUUCACUAAAUCUAAUCCUCUWAGUCGUGCAGUACUGAAUUUUUUAUAAAAUAAUAAACAUCAUUAAAAUAUUAUUUUAUAUUACAUAUAUGUCCAGCAAACCCUACUUACCACCAUGGACGGAAACGGUCUCACCACAUUACCUAUACUCGAGGAAACAUUUUAUGCACUGUCCAGAAAACAGUACUCGUACAAGGUGUCGCUGACGAAUGAAGGUCUGCACUUGACCAAGAGUGGUGAUGACGGCACCGAGAAGACUGACCUGAUACACAUUCGUGAUAUAAUUGGCUGUAAAUGCAUGCGGAAUAGUGGAAAGUCUGACCACUGUGCCUGUCGUCCAGCGAAAGCAGGCACAGCUGAAGCCGCCAGAGGAGGCACAGCAGAAACCGAUGAGUGUCGAGUGCGGGURCCAUAUGUGGAGGCUGGUGACUGCAGUGCAUACCUAUGUGUGUAUGCAUUUGUGCUGAAGAAUGUGGGGGCUAAGAACAAGAAGCGUGACAAAAUGACCGUCACACUGAGGUUCCGCAACUAUAGAAGUUAUGACGAGAACAGCCGAGUGGCAACCAAGUGGAAGUUGGCCAUAAAAUCACUACUGCAAGCUAGAUGCGAGGAUGGGACUAUUGUUGCACCAUCAGAUGAUCAUUACCUAGGUAACCGUUUGUUGGUAAUUGUGAACCCAAAAAGUGGUGUUGGAAAAUCACGAGAAAUAUUUCAACGUAAAAUAGUACCUAUUUUAAAUAUGGCUGAUGUUGACUACGAUUUGCACAUUACAUGCAUGCAGAAUGAUGCUAGGAACUUGAUGAGAACGAGUAACAUCUAUAAAUGGGGCCGUGGUGUGGUAGUACUUGGUGGUGAUGGACUCAUGUUUGAAGUGAUUAACGGCCUCAUGGAACGGUCAGACUGGCAGAGGGCCUUUGAGUAUCUAACUCUGUCCGUUAUACCCGGGGGUUCCGGCAACGGGAUGGCCAAAUCGAUAAGUUUCGAGACAAACGAACCCUACAAUCCGGAUCCAAUACUCAUAUCGGCGCUAAACAUCGUCAGCGGUAACAGGUGUCCAAUGGAUCUAGUUAGAGUCGAGACUCGUACACAAGUCGUAUACUCUUUUUUGUCGAUCGGUUGGGGUUUUAUCGCUGACAUUGACAUAGAGAGCGAGAGAAUUCGAAUGUUAGGUAGCCCCAGGUUUACUAUAUGGAGUAUUGCCCGACUUAUUGGUCUGAGGAGUUAUCCCGCACGGUUGUCGUAUUCCAAAAUCAACGAUCUGGAAACCGAGACGAGAAUGAACAAUUACGCGAGAGGCACGUCAGGUGAUUUCCAAGAGGUCGCCGACGACGAACCAGUGUCGAUCGAAUUUGGAAUAGAUCCGCUGGAGGAAUUUGCCGUACGCGCGCGGGUUGAGAGUUUUUCGUCGUUAAUAUCCAAGCACACRGCGUUCAUGUCUGUCAACGAAGCUCCAAGCUUCUCAUCUAUACCAGACGUGAUCGAGGGAUCCGAAGUUUGGGUGCGCGGACCUCUGUCUAAACUGCCUCCACUUUCUGAUCCUGUUCCAUCGGACUGGGUAGUCGUUGAAGACGAGUUUGUGAUGAUACAYGCUUCGUACCUAUCGCACAUAAGCGAAGACGUAAUAAUAGCGCCUAAAUCAAAAUUGAACGACGGUGUGAUUUGGCUGUUGGUUAUUAAAAAUGGCAUAUCCAGAACGACUUUUCUACAAUUUUUGUUGGGCCUGUCGUCCGGAAACCACUUGGCCGUACCCAACGUCGAGAUGAUCCCGGUGCGAGCGUUCCGGCUAGAACCUCUAUCGGAAGGCAGCCACCUGGUUGUCGACGGUGAACUGCUGAAGCACAGUCCGGUACAAGCGGAAAUCAUGCCCGGCAUCACCAAUGUGUACGCACGGCAAAAGUUUUCCUGAUGUCUCAUUAUCUCGGGCGGGUGCGAUCGAACACGACACAAGAGUGAUGAAUACAUUAUUUUAUGCUAAUGUAGUUUACGUAAUUUAUUAUUUGUUUUUAUUUUUUAAAUCCAGAGAAAAUUUAUCGAUAUUGUUACCUCGCUCGUAUAAUAUUAUGUAUAAGUUACGCUGCGUUGUUGUUUCGUCUCUUUAAUCACUCGAGAGGCGUAUUUAUAUUUAAUUUAUUAUCAUUAUCAUUAUUAUUUAAUAUUUAUUUUCAAUUAUUCGUUCUAUCGCCACCAGUGACGUUACCAUAAGAAUUUUAUAACAUUAUGUUUUUUUUCUCUUUAUACCUAAUAUUCUCGUGUUAUGGGACCAUUUGUUAAUUAAGUCAAUAGGUUGUUGAAUAUUGAAUUAUAAUUAUUAAGGUCAAAAAAAAAAAAAA